CGGAAGGGCGCUAGAGUUCAGUUGAGACAGGAGGACGGGCGGUAACAACUCAAGCAUGAAUGGAUUUAAUUUAGUUCAGCACAUCCAGCUCAAGCGCGGAUUUCCUUGGACGUGAGGCAAAGUGACACAAGCCCAGUUUUCAUUCCUGGAAUUUGUAUGAAUAAGAGCACUUUAAAUUUACAUGACAAAAGUGGGCCCAUAUCUAGUUUAGUCAGCUUGCAGGGAGGGUUUACAUUCUAUGAAGAAAGGCAUUUCCAGACAUAUCUUUAAGUACCAGAAUGUACAACCUGCUCCCUGAAUAUUCAACGAAAGCCAUUUUUCUGACAUAUCCUCUAUUUUUCCAUUCGAAGACUACCUUGCUAAUGUAUAGAGCACUUUACUGAGAGCGUUUCUACCUCGGACUAUAUACCAGUCUCAAGUACAAUUUCGUUUUGGAACAGGGUAAAAUUCCACUUGAUCCGUCUCAUACUUCAGUCUAAGCUACAACACUUAAUUGGCAGCGAUUUCAUACCUCUUUUGAAACUUGGUAACCUAUAAGUCAAAUUCUCAGCUGUUUUAUAAGUAUUUUGACCCAUAAGCUAUAUCAAGGCUGUAGGACCCACCCAUCCGUAAGCAAACAGGCGAGCAUAUCCAAAAGCCUCUCUCACUCACUUUCAAUGGAGACGCGCUGGCCUGGACCCGUUCCUGCCCACACACUUAGCUGAGAGUGGACGUGUCGUCCCAGUGGUCACCCUGGCGGAAUCCCAGCAGCCCCGGGAAGCCAUGGCAUCCUCGGUGCGCUUCACUGUCACUCCAACCAAAGCCGAGGAUGUCCCAGGCCUCUCUGACACUUCGCCAGACCUCAGCUCGCGCUCCAGCGGCCGGGUGCGCUUCGGCUCCAGGGAGAGUGUCAACCGCAGUGAACCGCCCAGUGAAGCGUCCGGUGCGCUGACCACCACUGCUGGAGUGGACACCCCAGACCGCAGCCACACUGAACAUGGUGAUGGCAAUGCCAAGAUCUCCAGUGUGUAUAUCAAUAACAGUCAUGCUAUUGAUGAUGAUGAUUUCUAUGAUAGAAACCUGGCUCUGUUUGAGGAAGAGAUGGACACUCGUCCGAAGGUUUCCUCUCUUCUCUCCCGUCUGGCCAACUACACCAACCUCACACAGGGGGCCAGAGAACAUGAGGAGGCAGAGAGCAUCGGAGAGAAACGCAAGUCCAGCAAGACCCCUCAGAUGGGCACUUUCAUGGGUGUGUAUCUACCAUGUCUGCAGAACAUCUUUGGCGUCAUCCUCUUCCUCAGGCUCACCUGGGUCGUCGGCACAGCUGGAAUUUUACAGGCACUGUGUAUCGUCUUUAUCUGCUGCUGCUGUACCAUGUUGACUGCUAUCUCGAUGAGUGCUAUUGCCACUAAUGGAGUGGUACCAGCCGGGGGCUCAUAUUUUAUGAUCUCGCGCUCACUGGGCCCAGAGUUUGGGGGUGCUGUGGGUUUAUGUUUUUAUCUUGGUACCACCUUCGCUGGGUCCAUGUACAUCCUUGGAGCCAUUGAGAUCCUUUUGAUGUACAUGGCGCCAGGAGCUGCAAUCUUUGAUUCAAAACAGCCCGAAGGCGAGGCGGCGGCCAUGUUGAACAACAUGCGCAUCUAUGGCUCAAUUUUCUUGCUGCUCAUGUCUCUUCUGGUCUUUGUGGGGGUCAAAUAUGUGAACAAGUUGGCAUCCGUGUUUCUGGCUUGCGUCAUCAUCUCUAUCCUCUCCAUUUACACUGGCGCUCUGGUGUCUGCCUUCAAACCACCUACUUUCCCGGUGUGUAUGCUGGGGAACCGAAUUCUUUCUCGCCAUGAACUCGGCGGGGACAAUCAAUGUUACAAGACAAUUCCAGUGCCCCAAGAUCCGCCGGUGCCCGAAGAAGCGAGCAUUAACGUUACCUCAGGCUUCAAUGGCACGGACACCUCUCCUGCUUCGCCAGCAACAGUUGAGAAGACAACAGUAUUAUGGAUGCGUUUCUGUAAUUCUUCAGAAUUGAAUGCAGUGUGUGAUGAUUAUUUUGCUCACAACAACGUCACAGAGAUCAAAGGGAUACCAGGACUUGCAAGUGGGGUUAUUACAGAAAACAUUUGGAAUUCGUACCUCAGUAAAGGGGAUCUCCUGGAGCGACAUUCUCAUCCCACUGCCGCCCCUGUCCAUGUAAACCACAACUAUCCAUAUGUCUUCGCUGACAUCACCACGUCCUUCACGCUGCUGGUGGGAAUUUUCUUCCCUUCUGUCACAGGGAUUAUGGCAGGCUCUAACCGGUCAGGGGAUCUGAAGGAUGCUCAGCGCUCUAUUCCUAUCGGGACUAUUCUAGCCAUCCUUACCACAUCUCUAGUCUAUCUGAGCAGUGUGGUGCUGUUUGGAGCCUGUGUGGAGGGAGUGGUACUCCGAGACAAGUUUGGAGACUCAGUGAACGGGAACUUAGUUGUAGGUACACUUUCUUGGCCAUCUCCCUGGGUCAUUGUGAUCGGCUCUUUCUUCUCGACUUGUGGUGCUGGCCUCCAAUCACUGACCGGUGCCCCGCGACUUCUGCAGGCCAUUGCUAAAGACAACAUCAUUCCCUUCUUGAGAGUCUUUGGUCAUGGUAAGGCCAAUGGAGAACCUACAUGGGCUCUGCUGCUGACUGCCUUCAUUGCUGAGCUUGGCAUUCUCAUUGCCUCCCUGGACCUGGUUGCACCUAUUCUCUCCAUGUUUUUUCUGAUGUGUUAUCUGUUUGUGAACCUGGCCUGUGCCCUUCAGACACUGCUGAGAACCCCCAACUGGAGACCUCGUUUCUCCUAUUAUCACUGGACUCUGUCGUUUUUGGGGAUGAUUAUUUGCUUGGCCUUGAUGUUCAUUUCAUCAUGGUACUACGCAAUUGUCGCCAUGGCGAUCGCCGGCAUGAUUUAUAAGUAUAUAGAGUAUCAUGGAGCAGAGAAAGAGUGGGGAGAUGGCAUCAGAGGUCUCUCUCUCAGUGCAGCUCGCUAUGCCUUGCUCAGACUGGAGGAAGGCCCACCACAUACAAAGAACUGGAGGCCUCAAGUGCUUGUCUUGCUGAAGCUGGACGAGGACGCUCACGUCAAAUCUCCACGUCUGCUGACGUUUGCCUCUCAGCUGAAGGCAGGGAAAGGGUUAACAAUUGUGGGCACUGUCAUCUCUGGGAACUUUCUCCACAGCUAUGGAGAGUCCCUCGCUGCUGAGCAGACACUGAAGCACCUGAUGGAGAAGGAGCGUGUAAAAGGCUUUGUGCAGUGUAUUGUGGCCCAAAAGCCUCGUGAAGGCAUCAGUCACAUGAUCCAGUCAAGUGGCCUGGGAGGCAUGCGGCCCAACACGGUGGUGAUGGGCUGGCCACAUGCCUGGAGACAGAGCGAAGACCCACAGAGCUGGAAGACAUUCAUUAACACGGUGCGUGUGACCACUGCGGCUCACCUCGCUCUGCUGGUGCCCAAAAAUAUCUCCCUGUUCCCCACCAAUAGCGAGCCCUGCACAGACGGCUACAUUGACGUGUGGUGGAUUGUACACGAUGGAGGCAUGCUAAUGCUCCUGCCUUUUCUUCUGCGCCAACACAAAGUUUGGCGGAAGUGUGGGAUGCGUAUCUUCACAGUGGCUCAGAUGGAGGAUAACUCGAUUCAGAUGAAGAAAGAUCUGACCACCUUCCUCUAUCACCUGCGCAUAGAAGCUGAAGUGGAAGUGGUAGAGAUGCAUGACAGUGAUAUCAGUGCAUAUACAUAUGAAAGAACCCUGAUGAUGGAACAGCGGUCACAGAUGCUACGGCAGAUGCGUCUCUCCAAAUCUGACCGGGAGAAAGAGCGUGUUCGGUGGAGUUUUGAUGAUGCUCAGCUGGUGAAGGACAGGAACUCCAUGCUGCGCUUGACCAGCAUCGGCUCCGAUGAUGAUGAUGACACGGAUGGGGUGGGUGGGGUUGAUAAAGUGACUAGUGCUGCAGAACACCGCCGUGUCCAUAUGACCUGGACUAAAGACAAGGCCCUUGAGCUCCGAGCACAAGCACACAUACCGUCUGGCUGCAGCACCCCUGAGGGUUUCAGAGACAUGCUCAGCAUCCGGCCGGAUCAUUCCAAUGUGCGGCGCAUGCACACAGCGGUCAAACUCAAUGAGGUCAUUGUAAACAAGUCCCAUGAUGCUCGGCUGGUCCUGCUCAACAUGCCAGGACCGCCCAAGAACCCUGAAGGAGAUGAAAACUAUAUGGAAUUUUUGGAGGUCCUAACGGAGGGCCUGGAGCGUGUCCUGUUGGUCAGAGGCGGGGGAAGUGAGGUCAUCACCAUCUAUUCUUGAUAGCCAGUGCAAAUUUACUGGCUGCACAGCGGCAACAGCAGCCAACAGCACAGAAGAGGAUAUAAAGGGAAGCGUGACUAAGUGGGGGGUUUGGGGGUUUGUCACAUAGAACUGGAUGAUCUGUCUUUGGCUGUAUCUGGAAAAGUGCUCCGUCCAUUGUCAGCUCAUUUUACAUCAGCCUGUGUUCACCAACACCACCCAAGAUUCAUCAAUAAGUGGUCACGAUCAGUGUUUUUGAAUGGAAAGACUGGACGAUCAGUUUGCGUGUGUAUUCAUACGUGUGUGCUGGACUGUGUGGUUGUUGAGAUAAAGUAAGAAAGCUCUGGGAACAAGGGGCAUCAUGAUGGACCAAUCAGUGAGGGACCAUACACACAAACAUGCACACAUAUGUGUAUCACACAGCAAGACAGUGAGCGUGUUCCAUGGACUGACUGACUCAGGGUUUGCUCUGGUUGAUGCUGGACCUUGAAUGAGUGCGUAUGUGUACAUGUGUUAUUGUGAGGGCUAGCCAUUUGUGAAUGAACAGUUGAAUGGAAGGAUCACUGUUAGUUGAAAUUCAGCUAAUGUCCAUAUCACUUGUUUUGUGUUUGGUUGGUCCGUGUGUCACGGAAGAUUUCAGAUUGCGGUUCUGUGGAAUAAACGUUCGUAGCAAUAUGAA